AUGGUGACUUCCAGCAGCAGUGAUUAUGAUUAUGAUUCUUCUUCUAGCUCUUCUGAAGAGGAUUCCAAGAUUUAUGUGUCCAAAGCACGUGCCAAGACAGAUCAUGCUAAGGAGAUAGUGAAUAGCAUGCCUCUCAACGAUCUAAAAGUUGCUCGUGAUGAGUUCUUGAAGAGGAAAUCCAGGGAGGAGAUAAUAGUUGAUUAUUGGGAGAAAAGGCGUAGAAUUCAGCGAAAAAUACUAGAAGAUGAGGAGAAACUGCGAUCUCGUCCUGAUGGUAUAGCGUCAGACUCAUAUGUUGAAGAAGAGGAACCCGUGUGGGAGCCGAUGGAACGCAGAAGUAAGCCAUAUCCACCGCACAGGGAGAUUGAGAGACUGGUUAAGGCUGAUCUCCAAGAUGAACGUGAUGAAGAAGACUACUGGGACGCAAUAUAUGGCGAUCUCAAGGAGGAAGAAUUCCCUAGUUCGGACAGUGAUUCCGAGAAAGAGUCUGAAGAGGAUUACAUGGACGAUGAUGACAAUGAAUCCGACGAUUCUGAUGAUUAG